GUAUCUUUGUCGCUCAGUUCGAAUCCGUAACCAUGAUCUGUACCAACCAAACGUACUGUAAGACCACCGAUCAACUGAUCACGUGUGUGCUGACGUCACAAUACAGCAAUGACUUCGAGCGAUCCAUUCCCACCGCUGCAACCAUCGCCCUUAUUGUUCUUAACMUACUUUUUGCCAUUGAAGCAGCCCUACUGAACCUYCUGAUAGUUAUUGCAAUAAUGUCCACCCCGAAGCUACAGACGCCUACAUUCCUCUUGCUGUGCAAUCUCGCCUUGAUGGAUUUUUUCAUCAGCGUAGUCAUUGGUCCGUUUGAGAUCAUGUAUCUAGUCACCAGGGCAUUACAACAAUAUGAUAUGUUCUGUACGGCGUGGAAAAUCAUUACUGCUUUGAGCUAUACUCUGUGCCCUGCGUCGUUAUACACGAUCACAUGCAUCAGUUACGACCGUUAUGUAUCACUUAUAAUGCGAGCUAAUUAUAAGUCAGUGGUGACGAAGAAAAAGUCUAUUUACCUCGUGGUAUGCAUAUGGGUGUGGUCGGUCUUAGGUGCGACUCUUAUGAGUAUUCUUGGCAAGGGACCUUUUUUGAUUCUCGUAUGUUGUGUGGCAUUUCUUUGCUUGGCUGUCAUCGGAGACUGCUAUUAUAUGUCAUUCAAUGCAAUUAAAGAGAGGCAACUUGAGAUAAAGUCCUCAGUGUCUCUAACGACUAACAAUUCUGUUUCAAAUUCCACAUCUGAUGAUGUAAGAGAGGAAACCAUGACGUUACGUGAUGGUAAGAAUGCCGUAAAUAAAGCGCAGUGGUACAAGAGUGGAAUUUCGCACGGUAUUGUCCCACAAGAAAGCGAAAAUGUGAAGAGCUUUGGCCAAAAAACUAAUCGAAAUUCACCGAAAGUGAGACACCUAGAACUUGUUUAUAAAGAUGCUGGCGCUGUCGAUGAAAAGAAUACUGAAUGCCAAGAUACAGAGUCCAUAAAUUCUACUGGAAGAUAUAUUUUAGGUGAACAUCCUUCCUGCUCCAACCAACAUCACCUUGUAAAAGAAACAACAAGAAAGUCGCCUGUGAAAAACUCAGCACUUCUCACAGACGUUGAGCAAUUCCGGAAAACCCUUCGAACAAUAUUGAUUAUUGUCAUCGUGCUGUUUCUUUGCUUCUUACCUUAUUUGGUAGUUAGUACUCUUGUGACCCUGGAUAUUAUUAACAUAGGCGUUGCUUGGGACGUAGCUAGUACCAUCGUGUAUAUGAAUUCGUCCGUUAGUCCUAUUAUACUCUGUACUAGAAUAGUCAACGUUAGGAAAGCAUGUCUUAGAAUUUUUAAAAAGAAUUGCCAGAAAAAAAUAUUUACUUAAAGAACUGUUCUGGACAGUACUUGAAUAGCACGAAACGCGAAAUUAGUGACUU